CGCGGGCCAGCACGGUGCGUUGCGCCGCGCGGUGUCUGAGGCGGCGGCUCCGCUCCGCGCCCGCCGCGCCCGCUCCCGUCGGUACCGGAGAUUUGUCCUUUCCCCCUGCAGCAAGUGCCAGAGGAGUUGGGGACACCUGCCCAGGAGCAAUCCAGGAAUCCAGAAAAAAAUCAAGGAAUCCACACAGAGAACGAGGCUGCUCUGCAGUAGGAAGGAUUCUGCUGUGCUGGGGCCCGGAGCCGAUGGCAGAGAAUGUCCACGACUAACAACAUAGCUCAGGCCAGGAAGCUCGUGGAGCAGCUCCGCAUCGAGGCCGGGAUCGAGAGGAUCAAGGUCUCCAAAGCAUCCUCGGAGCUGAUGAAUUACUGUGAGCAGCAUGCUCGGAAUGAUCCUCUCCUGGUGGGAGUUCCUGCUUCUGAGAAUCCCUUUAAGGACAAAAAGCCCUGCAUCAUCCUAUAGCUGUGGAUCCUUCUGGAAGGAAAUCCCCAUCCAGCCUCUGGAUCCAGGCUCCUCCACAGCUCCACCUGCACCCAGGGGUAAAAACUCAACGCUGGCUUCACACAGAACUUAAAAAAUUUCCUGAGAAAAACAAAAAAAAAAAAUCCAAGAAAAAAAACAAAACAAAAAAAACAAAAACAAAAACAAAAACAAAACAAAACAAAAAAAAAACAACCAGAGAAAAACAAAACAAAAAAACCCCCAAAAAAGUAAAUUUGGAAGUGGGGGUUUGAAAGUGGGAUUAAGAAUUGGAAUCAGGAUUUUAAAAUUUACCCAGGGUUGGGGGAGGAAAGGAAGGUGGGGAGGGGAUUUUUUUAUUGGGAUAUUUGGAUUUGGGAAAGGGGUGGUUGUGGAGUCAUUCCCAGUGGGAUGUGAGAGCUGGACCUGGAUCCAAUCAGAGCCAAAUCAGCAGGAAUUUCCUCUGGAGAAGGGGUGAGGUGGGAACCAUUUUGUAAAAAAAUCAGUACAAAAAGAAAAAAAAACCCCAAAAAAACCCAAAAUCCCCAAAUCCAGCUGGAAAAAUCCCAGUUGGGAAUGGCCAAAGGGAGGCUGGGGAGGCUUUUCCCUGCAUCCCACAGCUCUGCUGGGAUCCAGGGAUGGCCCUGCAGGGCAAUUCCCAGCUGGGAGAGACCCCAGGAAGAAUUUUAGGGAUCCCCAGGGAUGGGGGAGGUCGGGAUCUUUGGGGGUCUCUGUGCUGUCCCCAAAUUCAGGGAGGGAGGGAAGGAAGGGAAGGAGCUUCCUGGUGCAUCCAGAAUCUCGGAAAAAUCCAAUUUUGGGGGAGUUUCAACCCGAAUCAGCAAAUUCCCAGCGUUUCCCAUCUCCCUUUUCCAACACUGGAAUUCUUCCCACUAAAUCCAGGGCCUGGGAAUUGUCCAGGGAGGUUUAGGGCAGGUGGGGAAGGGGAAUGGAAGGAUCAGUUCUGUUCCUAUCCCUUGGGAAUCUGGGACUGGGAUUGAACUGGGAGCGCUUGGAUCUCAUGGGGAUGAGCCGGCGUGGAGGGGAGAGCAGGAAAAAGGGAGCAGGGAAAAGGGAACAGGAAAAGGGGAGCAGGAAAAGGGAGCAGGAAAAGGGAACAGGAAAAGGGAGCAGGGAAAGGGGAGCAGGAAAAGGGAGCAGGAAAAGGGGAGCAGGGAAAAGGGGAGCAGGAAAAGGGAUCAGGAAAAGGGGAUCUGGAAAAGGGAACAGGAAAAGGGGAGCAGGGAAAAGGGGAGCAGGAAAAGGGGAGCAGGAAAAGGGGAGCAGGAAAAGGGGGAGAUAGAAAAAGGGGAGCAGGGAAAAGGGAGCAGGAAAAGGGGAACAGGAAAAGGGGGAGAUAGAAAAAAGGGAGCAGGGAAAAGGGAACAGGAAAAGGGAGCAGGAAAAGGGGAGCAGGAAAAGGGGGAGAUAGAAAAAAGGGAGCAGGGAAAAGGGAUCUGGAAAAGGGGAGCAGGAAAAGGGGGAGCAGGAGAAGCUUCCAUGGAGCCCUUGGGUGGAUGCUUGGGAGAACUCCAGGAAUUCCACAAAGUGGGAAAAGGACAAAUGCCAGGAUUUGGGUGCAGUGUCCAAUCCCUGUCCCAGGGCCCAUCGUGGGGCUCAGCAGCUGCUGGGAGACAUUCCCAGAAUCCCAGAAUCCCAGAAUCCCAGAAUCCCAGAAUCCAUGAGGCUGGAAAAGAUUUCCCAAAACCAUUGUAGGCAGAGGCCAUUCCUGGUUAUCCUGAGCACAGGAUUUUUGGGGAGAGAAGGGAUAAAAACAACCCAGCUAGAGCUGAUGUGAAAUCCUGGGAGUUUCCCCAUUCCCCACAAAGCUUUGGAUCGGAUUGGGAAUGCCAAGGAUGGGGUUGGGAAUGCCAGGGGUGGAAUGCCAGGGUUAGGAAUUCCAGGGAUGGGGUUAGCAAUGCCAGGAUGGGGUUAGGAAUGCCAGGGUUAGGAAUGCCAGGGAUUGGGGUUAGGAAUGCCAGGGUUAGGAAUGCCAGGAUGGGGUUAGGAAUGCCAGGGAUGGGGUUGGCAAUGCCAGGGAGCAAUUCCCAUGGGAGAGGAAUUUGCCAUUCCCUGGAUUCCCGCUGAAGCCCCGCGGCCCAAACUGGUGCUGCUGGGAGGGGUCACUGGUGCUGGAGCUGCUCCAGCCCUUUUCCAGAGGCUGAUGGAAUUCCCAGGGGGCUCCUGUCCCCUCCCCGGCUGCAGGAAUGUCGCUGUUCCUUGUUUUCUGUCAUUUGCCUUUGCCACAAAGCCGGGGAAAUGCCACGUUUAACCCUAAAGCUGUGCGGCUUUUCCUGGGAACGCUCCCCGAAUUCCAGAGCUCGGGAAUGUCCCCCCAUCCACUGGGGGGGAGCAGAGCAGGGAAAACGGGAUAUUUUCCCAGUAAUUUCCCUCCCUGUCCCUCAGCCCCAGCAAAGCCUUUAUUGGAGGGUUUGAUCCCAAAUCCCAAAUCCCAAAUCCCAAACCCCGCUCCAAGCUCCGCCCGCCGGGAUUCACGCGGCCACUCCCGAGCCCGGCCCGGGAUUCCUCCUCCAGGAGGGAAUUCCCUCUUGUCCUUAAUCUCUCGGACAGUUCCAGCCUUAUUUUUCUACUCCAGAUCUGAUUCUUCCUCUGUGUUCGAGACCAGAGCUUGGUGCUAUCCUUGGAGCCGGGGCUGGAGCCGGGAAUUCUUCCUCUUCCUCCUCCUCCUCCUCCUCCUCCUCAGGGGCUCCAACCCCUCCAUCCUGGGAGGAUCCCGAGGGAUGGGAAUCCCAAGGGGUGCUGGGUCGGAUAUUUUGGGGUCUGGGUGCUUUGGGUGCCUCCCCCAUGCCGGGGUCCUGCCCGAGCCAAAGCCACGCUGGAGCUGGGAAAUGGGAAAAGGGAAAAGGGAAAAGGGAAAAAGGAGAUGGGAAAAGGGAAAAGGGAAAAGAGAGAUGGGAAAAGGGAAAUGGGAAAAGGGAAAAGGAUCUGGGAUAAGGGAUGGGAGAAGGGAAAUGGGAUGGGAAAAGGGAAAAGGGAAGAGGGAAAAGGGAGAUGGGAUGGGAAAAGAGAAAAGGGAAAAGGGCAAAGGGAAGAGGGAAAAGGGAAGAGGGAAGAGGGAAAAGGGAGAUGGGAUGGGAAAAGGGAAAAGGGAAAAGGGAGAUGGGAAAAGGAGCCAGGAAAAGGGGCAAGGAGCGGGGAAAAGAGAUAGGAGAAGGGAAAAGGGAUGGGAGAAGGAAAAGGGGUGGGAGAAGAGGUUUGGAAAAGGGAAAAAGGGGUCAGGAGAAGGGAAAAUAGAUUGGGAGAAGGGAAAUGGGAGAUGGGAAAAGGAGCCAGGAAAAGGGACCAGGAGCUGGGGGAAAUAGGGGCAAGGAGCAGGGAAAAGGGGUUGGGGAAAGGGAAAAGAGCAGGGAAAAGGGGUUUGGAAAAGGGAAAAGGAGCCAGGAAAAGGGGUUUGGAAAAGGGAAAAAAGGGUUGGGAGAAGGGAAAAAGGUUUGGGAGAAGGGGUCAGGAGAGGGGAAAGUAACUGGGACAAGUGAAAAGGAGCCAGGAGAAGGAAAAGGGGCAGGGAGAGGGGAAAAGGGGUUGGGAAAAGGGAAAAGGAGCCAGGAAAAGGGGCAGGGAGAGGAGGCAGGAGAAAGGCCAUGGAGCAUCUCCCAUGGGAUCCCUGAAUGCCAAGGGUCCCACCAGGAGCUGGGGGUGGGAGCUGCUGGCAGGUGCUGGUGUCUCCAUGGAUGACUCAUUUUUGUUGGGAAAAAAAAUCCUUAAUUUUUAUUUUCUUUUUUUUUUUUUUCUUUUUUUCCCCCACCUUUUUUUUUUUUUUUCCUUUUUUUUUUUUUUUCCAGAAUUUUCUCCUUGUCCGAGUAAAUCCGUGCUCAUGCCGUGGGUGUUUUUGUAUGGCAGAAAUAGAAGUGCAGAUUCCCAGUAGUUGCUUGUACUUUGUUCAGUGCAUUUGCCAAAUCAAUUUAUUUAAAAAAAAAAUUUAAAAGAAAAAAAAAAAAAAAAGGAAAAAGGAGGAAAAAAACCACAAAAAAAAAAAAAAAAAAAAAAAAAAAAAAAAAAAAAAAGAAGGGGAAAAAACACACACAAAAAAAAGACUUUUCAGAACUUUUUAAGUGCUGGAAGGGGGAGCAGGAGGAGCUGGAGCCCAGCUCCACAAAAGCCUUUUUUUUUGGGAUUUAACCACAUGCCCAGAUCUGCCCGGCCUUUCUUUAUGGGAUGUGGUGAAGCCAGUGCCAAAAAUAGAAAUCUGGGAAUAAAAGGGCCAGGGAAACCAAGCAUUGCUCCUAUUCCAGUUUUCCUCCCCUCCCUGUCUCGGGGGAUGGAGCCGGGACACCCCGGAGCCUCUGCAUCUCCCAAAUGCCCCUUUUUAUUCCCCCCUUAAACUCCUUAAAAAAUCCACCUUUAUUUAACAAAAUCCCAAUAAUUCCUUUACUCUGAACCCACGUGGGAUCCUUGGCUCUCCUUGUUUUCUCCUUCUCUCUGGUCUAUCGUUCAAAUAAUCAUUUAUUAUUAUUAUUAUUAUUAUUAUUUGCCAAACUCUGAUCUCGUUGCCAAACACCAAUCCAGGUUUUUUUCCUGACUGUCCUUAGGAAGUGGUCGGUGUCUGUGCCGUAGGCUCCUCAUCUGUCUGCAAUUCCUGAUUUUUUUUUGGGGGGUUGUUUUGUUGAUUUUUGCCCUUUCUCGUGUGCCAUAGCCCCAAAACCCCUCCUUGCACCGUGUUUAAUAUUUCGUGGAAUCGUUGUUCCCAAGUGAAUGGAUAACACAAUAAAAAAGGCUCACUUUGCAUUUUGCCAA